ACCUUCCAGUUUUACAAGAAAAGGUCCACUCAUUUACAUGAACCUUUAUUAAACGACCCCAUAGUGUCCAUUGCUGACCUACAAUGGAGAAAGUAGAAGAGAAAGGUCCUGCAAGUGGCAGAGAAGAUUACACAGAAGAUGGUACUGUGGAUCUCAAGGGAAGACCAGUGUUGAGAUCAAAGACUGGGGGAUGGCGAGCUUGUUCUUUCAUCGUUGGAUAUGAGAUUUUUGAGAGGAUGGCGUACUAUGGAAUAGCAUCAAAUCUGGUGCUGUAUCUGACGAAGAAGCUCCAUGAAGGGACUGUGUCUUCUGCAAAUAAUGUCACCAACUGGGUUGGCACUGUGUGGAUGUUGCCCAUUUUAGGUGCUUAUAUUGCAGAUGCUCAUCUUGGCCGAUUCUGGACUUUUGUCAUUGCUUCUGCCAUUUAUCUCUCGGGAAUGAUCCUGUUAACCCUAGCAGUUUCGUUACCGGCCCUAAGGCCUCCUUCAUGUGGUCCUAGCAUCAAAGAAGAAGACUGUGACCUAAAGGCCACAGCCCUACAAAAGGGUAUAUUCUAUGCAGCCCUGUACACUAUAGCAGCCGGAACUGGUGGAACCAAGCCAAAUAUUUCCACCAUGGGAGCAGACCAGUUCGAUGAUUUUGAACCAAAAGAAAGGGUCCAAAAGUUAUCAUUUUUCAAUUGGUGGAUGUUUAGCAUUUUCUUUGGAACCCUUUUCUCUAACACUUUCUUGGUUUACAUUCAAGACAAUGUGGGUUGGACACUUGGCUAUGCCCUUCCAACUGUGGGACUGGCUGUCUCAAUUGCUGUGUUUUUUGUGGGCUCUCCAUUUUACAGGCAUAAAUUGCCCUCUGGGAGCCCAUUCACUAAGAUAGUUCAAGUACUUGUGGCUGCCUUGAGGAAGCAGAAUGUGGCUGUCCCUGAUGAUCCAAAAGAGCUGCAUGAGCUUAACCUAGAGGAGUACUCAUCAACUUCUGGGAAAUUCAGAAUUGACCACACCCCCUCAUUGAGAUUCCUAGACAAAGCUGCAGUGAAGACUGGUUCAAUCUCACCUUGGAUGCUAUGUCCAGUGACACAAGUAGAACAAACAAAGCAAAUGAUCAAAAUGCUUCCAGUUUUAUUCAUCACAUUCAUACCAAGCACCAUGUAUGCUCAAGUCCACACAUUAUUCAUCAAACAAGGCACUACCUUAGAUAGAUCAAUGGGACCCCAUUUUGAAAUCCCACCAGCUUGUCUCACAGCAUUUGUCACAAUCUUCAUGCUCAUCAGCCUCGUCAUCUAUGAUCGUUACUUGGUUCCAGCAGUUAGGCCAUACACAAAAAAUCCAAGAGGAAUUUCAUUGCUGCAGAGAAUGGGAAUUGGGUUUAUCUUGCAUGUGAUUAUAAUGAUCACAGCUUUUUUAACUGAAAGGAGAAGACUAAUUGUUGCAAGAGAGAACAAUAUUGUCAAAAAGGAAGAAAUUGUUCCUCUCAGCAUCUUUGUUCUUCUUCCUCAGUUUGCUUUAAUGGGGGUUGCUGAUACUUUUGUGGAAGUUGCAAAGAUUGAGUUCUUCUAUGAUCAAGCUCCAGAAGGAAUGAAGAGCUUGGGGACCUCGUAUUUUACUAGUAGCUUGGGAAUUGGGAAUUUUCUCAGCAGUUUUCUUCUCAAAACAGUGGCUGGUAUCACUAAGAAGGAUGGCCAUAAAGGGUGGAUCUUGGAUAACUUGAAUGAAUCUCACUUAGAUUAUUAUUAUGCAUUCUUGGCUGUGUUGAUGUUUCUCAACUUGCUAAUCUUCUUUGUUGUGGCCAAGUUCUUUGUUUACAACAUUGAUGUUGACUCCAAAAGAGAGUUGCAGGAAGCCAUUGAAGCUUCACCAGAGAAGCUUCAUACUCAAGAUAAAGAAGAAAUGAAGCCUGGACAAAGUUGAAUCUACAAUAAAACUGUUGCUAAUACAAGUGCUAUAUGUAAUAAUUUUUCAUCUUGGUGUAUAUAUUUCUUGCUUCUUGAAA